UUCUUUUGUUUUCCUCAACAUAAUUCAAAUCCGUUAGAAAAGUCGUUCUGCUCUAAAUAUAGAGGAAUGAGGUAACGAUAAUUUGUUGCAACUUUUUUUUGCCACAAACGUGUCCUCAGUUUUCGCAAAACACAACGGUCUUUUCUCCUCCUCUGAUUAAUCAUCUCUUUUAAUUUUCUUUGAGUUGUUUUGAGGUGAGGCUCUCACAAUUACCCGAUUAAAAAUAAAGAAAGAAGGAUUUUAUCUUUUGAGAUACAUGGUUGGAAUGUGUUCAAUCUCUUUGUCUUUCCUCUUCAUCACUCGUUAACCUGGAUUGGGUUCCUCUACAUUCAGCUAUGCAUUCACCAUUCUCUUGAACAUGGCAUCAUCACAAGUUGAAAUUGCUUCGUCUUCGCCCUUUGGUUUGGUUCUGAGGGACCGUAACCACCGUGGCGAUGGAUGCAGAGAAAGCAAUGUUGUUAAUAAGGCCACACAUGCUGCUCUUCAAAGGAACAUCAAGAACUUCGUCAUGGACCACCUUAACAUGUCCAUGUCCAUGUCCAACUCUGAUUCAACAAGAAAUCUCAACGAGAACAAUUCUGCCCAUUGGAACGAAAUUCAUCAUAAUCAAGAUCAUGACCAUGACAACCAACAUCGCCGCCACCACCGGCGCCACCGCAACGUGUCGAAUCUUCAUGUCUCAAGUGCCAUGGAGUUCAAGGAUGGAUCCUCAUUGAACUCUUUGAUUAGCCCGAGACAAACCCGGCUUCUUGAUCGCUGGGCCGCGAAACAAGCCCGGGAGAUUGUUUCAAAUUUAGAGAGUGAGGCUGGGUUGUUGUCAAUCGAUAAUAACAAGAAAGAACUUGGAAGCACAGGUAGUUGCAACUCUGAUGGUGAUGAUAACAAGUGUGUAGAUAUCUCGAACCUUGCUGCUUCUUCACUUGUUCAGAUAUGGGAGAAGAGGCUCAGUGGAUCCAAGCCUGAAACGACGGCGUCUAAUGGCGCCAAAACUAGUCCCACUGCUGUUACUUCCACCAAUAAUUGUGAUUCCGAGGCAGGGGAAUCUUCUUCCUGCGCCGUGGCGAACGAGGACUGGGAAACACACAGUGAUCAGUCCUUUUCGCCACAGUCGCGGUGGUCGUCUUGCGAGACUGCAACAACAGAGGCAGAAAGGCCGGUUUCUGUUGCAGACAUAAUCAAGAGGCUAACUACACCAAGUGUCCAUGGCGAUGACAAUGAAUCUGAGGGGUUUAUUAGCAGCGUGGCAAGCUCUCCUUGCAGAGAUUUGGCACCGGAGAAUUCUGAUAGGAGGGCUUUUCCCCUCAUGAUAGGUGCCCCGGGAAGGAUUCGAGGCCGCCGGAUUUUCACCGAUAUGCUUAUGCAGCUGGAGAGGGACCGCCGAGGGGAGCUUAACCACCUGGCAGAACGCCGAGCCGUGUCGAGGUUCCCUCAAAAAGGACGAAUUCAGUCAUUGCUUCGAUUAAGAUUGUUGCAGCGGAAUGCAGCGGCUGAGAAUGAUAAAUCUCAACAGAAAUCAACAUUAUCUAGACAGAAUAAACAGACACAAGAAUCUGCUGUUGUUAUGGAACGAAGGGGCAAAUUUAGCACCGCAGUUGAACACAGAAAUGCGGAACAUGCAGAAGUAGCUCAUCCAACAACGCCACUGGUACAGACAGUUACAAAUCCUGUAGCGUCCGAUAAGUCUGCUGGCAAAGACACUUGCAACCAGACUGUUGUUCAUGAGACUGCUAAUAGCUCUGGAGAAUCCACACAAGUAUCAAUCCCCGAGACUAAUGCAGAUCACAAUAAAGAGAAAGAACAUGCAAGUUCACAUGUGACACUGCAAGAAACAUGUGCAGAGGUUCAAAAUAAUGAUUCGCAUGAUACUGCCAAGGCACCAACAUCGAUGGCUGAUGAUUCGGGCCAUAAUGAGAUUGCAAACGGGGCAGAGUCAAGCGAACAACAGCAUGCUGUAGAAGGGAGAGAUGCAACAGAUCAACACAAUGAUGAAAGCAAUUAUGAUGAUAUGUUAGAAGAGAUAGAAGCCAUGGAUCAGAACUAUGAUGCAACUAGUUAUGACUGGAUCAGCGAAAUUUCUCGACCGAGGAGCUACUGGGAAGAGCGUAGGCAAGCAUGGUACAAAGAGAUGCUUGCCACUUCUCAAAAUGAGGAUAUACGUAUUCUCCUUGAAAGAAAAACAGUCUCGACUUUCCUUUCCAGCAGCUUCCGGGCAGUGAUAGAUAGAUUGAUGAACUCCCAUAAGGGAACACAGACACAACUAGUCAAUUGCCAAGAUGAUGAGGACGAAAACCAAAUUCUGAUGGCGUAUCUACAAGAACGCAUGCGUUCUGCAAAAUCUCCUCAAGAAGACAAACAAGAGGGAGGAGGGGAGGAGGAAAAGCGAGACGAGAUGCAAAAUGCUGGACAAGAAGAGGAGCAGAGGCAGGAGCAGGAGCAGGAGCGGUGUCAUGAAGAUGUUGAGUAUUUUCAACAAUCCUCAUCACCAUGCCCUUCAAGAACAUGGAGUUAUAAAGACAAUGAAACCUGUGAUGAUUCUGAUGGAGUAGUAUUUGCAUGUGCAUCUGCAUCUACAUACUCUCCUUCACAUUCACAACCCUCUCAGUUUCAAUCUGCCUAUCAUGAUAAUAGGCGAAGUUCUUCACCGCCUAAUCAUCAUUCAAUGGAAAUGGAACUCAUCUAUGAUUUGAGAAGACAAAUGGAGCAACUUCAUCAUGAGAUGUCUGAGCUAAGGAAAUCGAUUAAGAGCUGCGUGGAUAUGCAGAUUCAGAUGCAAUUACAACAACAAUCCAUGGUUCAAACAGUUAACAAAGAAGAAAACAUGACGCAGAAGAAGGUACCAAAAAAAGGCAAUUGCUGUAUAUGCCAUGAUAAUAAAGCUGACUCAAUUUUAUACAGGUGUGGGCACAUGUGUGCGUGUCUAAAGUGUGCCAAUGAGCUGCAAUGGAAUGGUGGAAAGUGUCCAAUUUGUCGAGCCAAAAUAUUAGAUGUUGUUCGAGUAUACAUUGAUGCUUAGUCGCAAGCAAAUACACAUACUCUAGAAGAGGAUAACAAUAAUACCCUUAGUCCUUGAAGCUUGGUGAAUUAGCCAAGCCUAUAUGAGUAAUAUAACACAUAACAUAACCGUCAUACAUCGCUUUCUCCUUUUGCCAUAUACUUUAUGUAGUUAAGUAUAUGUUUUUUGGAGGAGAAGAAUGUGCGUGACAACCUCGUUGUACAUUUGGUAGUCUUUUCUUAAUCUAACAUCAUUUCUACCCGCCAUGGGUUUGACUUGUCAGUGCAAAAUAAGAAAAAAAAAUGCUAGUAUUUUGAUAAUUUAUAUCUGGAUUAUUUUAGUUAUUUUGGAACUUCGAGUUUAGUAUUCAACAAUUCUGAUUAGCAUU